AAGGAGAUGGUAGGCGUUCACAACAUAGAGGUGAUCACGGGGGAGCAGAUCAAGGAUCUCGAGAAGGAGGUGCACAAAGAGCGUCAAGCAGCCGACGCGAACGUGAAUGGGUCUGAGACCGGCGGUUGGAGCUCAAACGGAGGUGGCUGGGGUAGUGCCGAUAACACCGCCAGUGAUGGCUGGGGUAACACCGGGAGCAACGACCAAGGUGGUGACUGGACUACAAUAGACGUCGACGACGGCGAUUGGCAAACCGCUGGAAGCACCUGGGACAACGGGCCAACGCCCAAUCAGCUGAUGGCCUUCCUAGGCCCUACGGUGCUCCCACUGACGCACACCGCCGGCGUCGUCGAGCGUUCCACGCGGCGCAUUUUAUCGGUCACGCCCGCCCCGGACAGGAGCAAGCUGCCCAAGAAGAAAGCUAAGCGCAGCGGCGCCGAGAAGGUCGAGGAUGAGCUGGAGGGCCGCUUCGCACGGCUGGUCCUCGCGCCGUGGGCGAGCGGGCCGCUUGCCCAGCACACAGACGUGUUCAAGCCCGAGAUUCUGCCGCCGUCGCGCGGGCUUGUCGUUGAGGAUGUUAGCAAGGACGCGACGGUCGCAAGCGGGGCGAGCAGGCCGCACAACCCGUUCAAGGAUGAGAUCACUGUCCUUUUGGACCCGUCUGUGGCGGACAAGAUGAUUGUGGGCAUGGGCCUCUCGGCAACGUGGGCACAGCUUGCGCGUCAGGAUCUGUCCGGUGUCGAUUGGAUGGACGAAAAGUCUGCUGAUGAGCCGAAGCCUGGGUCCGUUGCUGGCAAAGUGGGCGUGCCAACCUCAUUUUGGUACAUGGAAAAGCUCCUCUCGAUCCUGCCGAGUUAUCACUCUGAGGCGUGAUUGUUUGGUAAUUGUGUGCGGAUGCACCUGUACAACAUGCUGCUCAAAGUCCACUG